AUUCCCUCCCACCGCCACACGACGUAAACACUGUGUAUCUUGCAUCAGUAGUCGACCAUCCGCAGCCUUGUUCUGUUUAGUGCAUGUUCUGUUGUUCCACAAGAAAUGCAUCUUUGAGUUCUUACCGACUGUGAAAUCGUGAAUCAAAACAAUGUUAGUCCACAUAUUGCGAACCGGUUGCAGUAGAUCCGUGUUACACCGGAGGAGUUUCGCUUCGUCAUCUAGACUUGCUGGCCUGGCGUUACGUCACAAUGAUUGGUCGAUUUGCUGGCAAAGACCACACUCGGGGAACGGAAUACGGACUAUCGGUUCAUUGCGGAACAGCAGGACAACGGUAGGAUGGGUGCGUCGUUUAAACAGCACAUCAUCAUCAGCUGCAGCUUCGACUGCUGGCAGUCCAGGGACCAAUUCGUCGACGACACCGGUGGAGAAACCUGCGAAAGUAAAACUGAAAUCAACCGACGUGAAGCGAUUGCUGGAAUUUGCGAAACCAGAACGAUGGAAUAUUGCAGGUGGAGUCAGCUGUUUGGUGCUUUCCUCGGCCAUCACGAUGGCUGUUCCGUUUGGGUUGGGGAAAGUGCUGGAUGUGAUUUAUGCCACAUCCGGAGAGUCCGGCAUUGCUAAGGAGAAAUUGGACCAGUUUUGUAUGCUGCUGGCGGGUGUGUUCCUGCUAGGUGGAUUGGCCAACUUUGGACGAGUGUAUCUUUUCAGUAAUGCAUCUUUACGGAUAACCCGUGACAUUCGGGCGAAAGUGUACAGCUCCAUGCUGAACCAGGAAGCCGGAUGGUUCGACCAGAAGGGAACCGGAGAGCUGGUGAACCGGUUGUCCUCCGAUACGUAUCAGGUGGGCAACUCGCUCAGUAUGAAUCUUUCCGAUGGGCUCCGAUCGACGGCGAUGAUCAUGGCCGGUACCGGGAUGAUGGUCUACACUUCGCCGCACUUGGCACUGGUAGGUAUGUGCAUCGUUCCGUGUGUGGCCGGGAUGGCCGUCUUCUAUGGACGGUUUGUGCGCAACAUUACGAAGGAAGUGAUGGACAAGUACGCUGAUAUCAUGAAGCUCGGCGAGGAAAGGUUGGGCAACAUCAAAACGGUUAAAAUGUUCUGCAAGGAAAAAUAUGAGAAUCAAUUGUUUUCCGAGCAACUGAUGGACGCUCUGAAUAUUGGAUAUCGGGAAACUAAGGCUCGUGCAACGUUUUAUGGGAUGACUGGCCUCUCUGGAAACAUUAUAAUCCUAUCGGUACUCUACUACGGCGGAACAAUGGUGAGCAAUAGCGAAAUGACUGUGGGAGCUCUAACGUCUUUCAUUUUGUACGCUGGAUACACUGCCAUAUCCAUAGGAGGAUUAAGUAAUUUCUACACAGAAUUGAACAAGGGUGUUGGCUCGGCUACCAGGUUGUGGGAAAUUAUAGACCGGAAGCACACAAUUCCAGUGGAAGGUGGUCUUAUACUGACGGAGCCUCCCCGAGGGGAGAUAGUAUUUGAUAGUGUUAGUUUUAAUUAUCCUUCUCGGCCACAUGCCAGCGUUUUGCGGAAUCUUAACCUGAGAAUUGAACCAGGGACCUCCACUGCCGUUGUCGGACGAAGCGGAUCGGGGAAAUCUACGCUAGCUUCGUUGCUGUUAAGACUAUAUGAUCCUCAAUCUGGUACGAUUUCGCUGGACGCUCGUAAUCUGAAGGAUCUUAAUCCAAUGUCACUUCGUCAACAUAUCGGAGCAGUGAAUCAGGAGCCAAUUCUUUUCAGCGGAACGAUCCGCGAAAACAUUUUAUAUGGGCUAAACCUAGGCGACAAGAUAUCAGAAGCGGAGUUCGAACGAGUCAUCCGGGAGGCACACGUUUACGAAUUUGCCAAGGACUUUCCGGACGGUUUGAACACGCGUGUCGGCCAGCGAGGGAUCAUGCUUAGCGGAGGACAAAAACAGAGGGUCGCUAUUGCAAGGGCAAUUAUACGGAAUCCCAAAAUCUUGAUCCUGGAUGAAGCGACUAGCGCACUGGACGCCGUAUCCGAAGAACUCAUCCAGAACGCCUUGGAGAAUCUGACGAAGAAUCGAACCGUACUAACGAUCGCUCACCGAUUGAGCACGAUACGAAACGCCACUAACAUUGCCGUACUGCAAAACGGGAUGGUCGUUGAACACGGGAAUUACGAACAGCUGAUAGCGACGGAAGGUGGGUUGUUUAAGGAGCUAGUUCAACGACAAACGUUUGCCUCGUCGUCGUAGGUAGGUGCCAGAAGUUAUUUAUUUUCAGAUUCGUUGCUUGCUUUAGUUAAAUACUUUUAUUGAAAGUAUGAGGUGUAUGGUAGCGACAAAGUUGUAUUUUUGUGGUCAGAAUGAUGAGAGUAAUACUAUUAUGAAGUUAA